AUGCUGCUCAACGCUAGUACCUUUGAAGAAAAUUAUCUGCUUGCGGAAAUCUACAAGGAGUUCUACGACAUGAAAGGAAGAUCAGUUCAAAUCCAGUGGAUUCCAAGCCACAAGGGAAUAGAUGGCAACGAAAAGGUGGAUCAAGAAGCGGUAAAUAAAACAAGAGAACGUCAAACAUUCUUCAAUGGGAUCACCAUGAGUGACGCAAUCAUCCUUAGCAACAACGAAGUCUGGGACAGCUGGACUAAAAAGUACAAAAAGCUUUCCGAUGACAAGGGCAAAUGGCACUUCCAAAUACUAGAAAAGCCAUGCAGGAGGAUUUGGAACAAAAACAUGACAUUGAACUCGGAGGAAGUCAAAAUCAUUAGCAGAAUCAGAACCGGUCAUUGCUUAACCAAGGAUAGAAAAGCCAAAUGGAAAUGGGAAGAUGACGAACUGUGCGAAUGGUGUGAAACAACCGAGGACCUACACCAUAUACUAUACGACUGCCCACGGUACAACCAGAGCAGAGUUGAAUACCCAUCACUAGAGUAUAUGAAACCACUCGAAACUAUACUAUCAGAAAAAUGUGAAGAAGAGAUGAAACAAAUAGUAAAAUUCCUGAAAGAAAAUAAGAUUCACAUUUAA